AUGUCGUUUCAAAUUGUCCCUAGAUUUUCCUUGUACAUAAUAUUUGUAUUCCUUAUCAUCCUUACAACAGUAAAUGCCCAGAAUAUUGCCUUUACUAUGGGGCAAGUUAAGACAGUGAGGACAGCCCUCCCAACGUCUUCGGAGGAGGUUCUAGAUGGAGCUAAAUAUAUAGAGUAUGCUAUUUUCUUAGCAAUUUUCCUUGUGAUCCCCAUUCUGUUUGGUGUGAUUGGUUAUAUUGCAAUAAUGAUAUUCUGUUGUUGUAGAUGUUGUGGGUUCUGUGGUUCAAAUGUACCAACAUCAUCUGAGGCCUACAAGAGAAAGCACCUUAUUGCUCCAGCUAUUGUCUUGGCUGUGCUCUAUUGUUGCUUUAUUCUAUUGGGAAUUAUUGGUGUGAUCUUCUCUGCCCAAGGUUCAACACACGUGAGAGUCAUGAUUGAUGAAACUUUGACAUUUACUAGCAGUGUCACUGGUUCCCUGAAAAAUGUUGGUAAUCUCCCAGCCAUUAUUACCACUCAAUUAAAUGGACUCCCAGAUGCGAUCGAUCCACUUUUAAAUAAGGCUCUGAAUGCAACUGCACCUCUAGAUACAAUUUCAACUCUUGUUGGAAACACAAUCACACAACUAGGCACCUUCAACUCAUCCACCAUUGAAAAUAUCAACAAGGAAGUUGUAAAUAUUAGAAGUGGUAUCGACACUUUGAGAGCUAGUCCAAAACUUAGUGGAGUUCCAGCCUCUAGUGAAAUUCCUGAUAUCAAAUCAACUGUUUCUCCUUCCAUUACAUCUGGCUUGCAAGCAAUUACAUCUGCCAAAUCAUCGAUUGAUUCUGGAAAAGAUACCAUCAAGACCAAGAUUAGUUCAGUUAAAAGUCUUAUCAAUGACACAAUUUCAAGCCAAUUUGGUCCUUCACUCAGUAGCGCUUUGGGAAGUAUUCAACAACCUAUUGCUUCAAUUCAAUCCUCAGUUGACACCUACCUAAACAAUCAAACAGUUAAUGACGCUAAGACUUAUUCCAAGCUUGCUGAAAAUAUUAGAGUUUCACUUUCCAUUGUCCUCUUCUGUUGGUGUGGAAUAAUCUACAUUUUUGUAUUUAUUGGUAUUAUUUUCAGAAAGACUUGGUGUGUACAUAUUACAACUACAUUGGCCUUUAUUACUGCUUGGAUUUUCAUUCUUUUGGCAGGUAUUCAAGUUCCAGCAUUUAUGCUUAUCAAUGAAGUAUGCACAAAUGGUCCAAAAACUGUUGGAUCUAUCGGUGAUCAAGCUUUGUCAAGUAUGCUCACUGGAACUGGUGGAAUCAAAUUCCAAAACGUUUCUGUAAUGUUAACAACCAUGUCUACCUGUAAAGAUGGUCAAUCUUUGAUUGAUGUUGUAUUUGGUACUGAUGCAUUCUCUGCUUUGGGUAUUAACAGUAUGCUCGUUUCUGUAACUGAUUCAUUCAGCACCCAAGCUUCAGUUUUUAACAUUUCUUCUGUUACCGAAAGUGCAAAGAAUUCCAUGACCACAUCUUCUAUUGGCUCUAUCAAUGUUGACUAUACAAGUACCCUCACUGAUGCUAGGGCCAAACUUGCAAAUGGUACUUCAUCAUUGAAUAAUCUUUCUGGUUUUUCCGGUUUCAAUGCAACAGAUUUUGAUGCUGCUCUUAAUGCUCUCAAUGCAUUCACCACUGCCAAAAUAUCAGCUACCUAUACGUAUGAUAAUUUUGAAACAUUUGAUCCUUCCGGACUUGCCUCAAACUCUGACAAAGUUGAAGGUGAAACACUCAAGAAUGCAACCAGAUUACAACACAAUACUCAACUGGCAGCCUUGGCAGAAAUUGCCUCCUACAAUCAAACCUUGAACAUUAUUAAUGCCAAUAUGGAUGCUUUAAUUGUUGAUGUUGCAUCUGCUAAGACUUUGGUCAGUUCAUUUGGUACCUUGACAUCAAAUAUCCUUUCUCAAAUUGAUCUCCUUACAACUAAUGUUCAAAAUUUCAUUGCCACAUUCCCACAAGAAACACUCAAUUUUGUUUUGACUUUUGCACAUGCCUUACUUAAAACAAUUGGCGCAGAAGUUGCUGGUUGUACAUAUAUGGCUAAUUAUAUUACAGCAACAGAUGGUGCUGUGUGUAAAGGUAUUUCUUGGGAAUUAUUAAUUACAGGUAUUACUUGUUUCUUUAUUGGUAUUCUAAUGCAUAUUGGUUGUGUUAUUAAUGUUGUCAUUGCCAAGAGAAUUAAAUAUCAAGCUGGUACAAGAGUGCAUCCAGGUUUGUCUUUGGAAAUGAACUAAUAAAGCACUUUG